AGCCAGCAGACGCUCCACCACCAUCUUUUGCAUGUGCAACAUUUGCAGCCGGACGGAAAACCUCUCCCAGGGCUAUGGAGACUGCGGGAAAAAGCUGGCAGCUCGCGAUGGAUUGCUAAAAGGAAAGAAUCCGAAUCCGAAACCACCCAAACCUAUCUCCUUUUUUUAUUCUUUUUUUUUUUUUUGGUUGUUUUUUUAAUUUUAGCGCCAUCGUCUUCAAUGCCUCUCUGAACAGCCUUUAGGAAGAGUGCGAGAGAAAGAGCGCGCGCCUAAGAGAGGAGAAAAGAAGAUGAGGAUUAUUUGCAGACAGAUUGUCUUGUUAUUUUCUGGAUUUUGGGGACUCGCCAUGGGAGCCUUUCCAAGCAGCGUGCAAAUAGGUGGUCUCUUCAUCCGAAACACAGAUCAGGAAUACACUGCUUUUCGAUUAGCAAUUUUUCUUCAUAACACCAGCCCCAAUGCGUCCGAAGCACCUUUUAAUUUGGUACCUCACGUGGACAACAUUGAGACAGCCAACAGUUUUGCUGUAACAAAUGCUUUCUGUUCCCAGUAUUCUAGAGGAGUGUUUGCCAUUUUUGGACUCUAUGAUAAGAGGUCGGUACACACCUUGACCUCAUUCUGCAGCGCCUUACACAUCUCCCUCAUCACACCAAGUUUCCCUACUGAGGGGGAGAGCCAGUUUGUGUUGCAGCUAAGGCCUUCCUUACGAGGAGCACUGCUAAGUCUGCUGGAUCACUAUGAAUGGAACUGUUUUGUCUUCCUGUAUGACACAGACAGAGGAUAUUCAAUACUUCAAGCAAUUAUGGAAAAAGCAGGACAAAAUGGUUGGCAUGUCAGUGCUAUAUGUGUGGAAAAUUUUAAUGAUGUCAGCUAUCGACAACUUCUAGAAGAACUUGAUAGAAGACAAGAGAAGAAAUUUGUAAUAGACUGUGAGAUAGAGAGGCUUCAAAACAUAUUAGAACAGAUUGUGAGUGUUGGAAAGCAUGUUAAAGGCUACCAUUAUAUCAUCGCAAACUUGGGAUUCAAGGAUAUCUCUCUUGAGAGGUUUAUACAUGGUGGAGCCAACGUUACUGGAUUCCAGUUGGUAGAUUUUAAUACACCUAUGGUAACCAAACUAAUGGAUCGCUGGAAGAAACUAGAUCAGAGAGAGUAUCCAGGAUCUGAGACUCCUCCAAAGUACACAUCUGCUCUGACUUAUGAUGGAGUCCUGGUGAUGGCCGAAACUUUCCGAAGUCUUAGAAGGCAGAAAAUUGAUAUUUCAAGGAGAGGAAAUGCCGGGGAUUGUCUGGCCAACCCUGCUGCCCCAUGGGGCCAGGGAAUUGACAUGGAGAGGACACUCAAACAGGUUCGAAUUCAAGGACUGACAGGGAAUGUUCAGUUUGACCACUAUGGACGUAGGGUCAAUUACACAAUGGAUGUGUUUGAGUUAAAGAGCACAGGGCCUAGAAAGGUUGGUUACUGGAAUGAUAUGGAUAAAUUAGUCUUGAUUCAAGACGUACCCACUCUCGGCAAUGACACAGCAGCUAUUGAGAACAGAACAGUGGUUGUAACCACUAUCAUGGAAUCCCCAUAUGUUAUGUUCAAGAAAAAUCAUGAAAUGUUUGAAGGAAAUGACAAGUAUGAAGGAUACUGUGUAGAUUUGGCAUCUGAAAUUGCAAAACAUAUUGGUAUCAAGUAUAAAAUUGCCAUUGUCCCUGAUGGAAAAUACGGAGCAAGGGAUGCAGACACAAAAAUCUGGAAUGGGAUGGUAGGAGAGCUUGUUUAUGGGAAAGCAGAGAUUGCUAUUGCCCCUCUGACAAUCACUUUGGUCCGAGAGGAGGUCAUUGACUUCUCUAAGCCCUUCAUGAGUUUGGGCAUAUCUAUCAUGAUCAAAAAGCCUCAGAAAUCUAAACCAGGAGUGUUUUCCUUCUUGGAUCCUCUGGCCUAUGAGAUCUGGAUGUGCAUAGUCUUUGCCUACAUUGGUGUCAGCGUGGUCUUGUUCCUAGUCAGUAGGUUUAGUCCAUAUGAGUGGCACACAGAAGAGCCAGAGGACGGAAAGGAAGGACCCAGCGACCAGCCUCCCAAUGAGUUUGGCAUCUUUAACAGCCUCUGGUUUUCCCUGGGUGCUUUUAUGCAGCAAGGAUGUGACAUUUCACCCAGAUCCCUCUCAGGUCGAAUUGUUGGAGGUGUUUGGUGGUUCUUUACACUCAUCAUUAUAUCAUCUUAUACUGCUAACCUCGCUGCUUUCCUGACGGUUGAGCGAAUGGUCUCACCCAUAGAAAGUGCGGAAGAUCUGGCCAAACAAACAGAAAUUGCCUAUGGAACAUUGGAUUCAGGUUCAACAAAAGAAUUCUUCAGAAGAUCAAAAAUAGCUGUAUAUGAAAAGAUGUGGACCUACAUGCGGUCGGCAGAGCCGUCGGUGUUCACCAGGACUACCGCUGAGGGCGUAGCCCGUGUCCGCAAAUCCAAGGGCAAAUUCGCCUUCCUCCUGGAAUCCACUAUGAAUGAGUACAUUGAGCAGCGAAAGCCGUGUGACACGAUGAAAGUGGGAGGAAAUCUGGAUUCAAAAGGCUAUGGAGUAGCGACGCCCAAGGGUUCCUCAUUAAGAACUCCUGUAAACCUUGCCGUUUUGAAACUCAGUGAGGCAGGCGUCUUAGACAAGCUGAAAAACAAAUGGUGGUACGAUAAAGGUGAAUGUGGACCCAAGGACUCUGGAAGCAAGGACAAGACCAGUGCCUUGAGCCUGAGCAACGUAGCAGGCGUCUUCUACAUUCUGGUUGGCGGACUGGGCUUGGCAAUGCUGGUGGCUUUGAUAGAGUUCUGUUACAAGUCCAGGGCAGAAGCGAAGAGAAUGAAGCUGACCUUUUCUGAAGCCAUAAGAAACAAAGCCCGAUUAUCCAUCACUGGGAGUGUGGGUGAAAAUGGCCGCGUCUUGACGCCCGACUGCCCAAAGGCUGUCCACACUGGAACUGCAAUUAGACAAAGUUCAGGAUUGGCUGUCAUUGCAUCGGACCUACCAUGAAAACCAAAAAAAUAAUUGAGUGCCUUAAUUAAACUGUGUGGGUGACUGACGGGCACGCAGCCCUGGAGGACAGGCCCCACGCGGUCCUGGCCAACCCACCCUUCGGCUGAGAGGCCGGACAUCAGCGCAGCAACGUGUGCAUGAGCUCAGCUCGGAAACCCAAACUCAGAUUUUCU